AUGUCGUUAACUAUUGAAAAACAAAUUGAAUUAUUAUUAGAUGGUCAUCCUUUAGAAAUUGAUGACACACAUGACACUAGCCAUGCCGCACAAAACGAAAUAGGAGGAACAGGAAUACCUAGCACAUAUGUACCAAUUUGUCAAAAAACUGUGACAUACAUUGUUGCUGCUGUGAUCAUAAAUAAUGAAGGAGAAGUGUUAAUGAUGCAAGAAGCAAAAGCUACUUGUAAUGGAAAAUGGUAUUUACCAGCUGGAAGAGUUGAACCUAAUGAGAAUUUAACAGAUGCUGUUAAAAGGGAAGUUUUAGAAGAAACAGGUCUCAUAUUAAAACCAGAAACAUUGAUACUAGUAGAAUGUGCAACUGGAUCAUGGUUUCGAUUUGUAUUUACUGGCAAAAUAACUGGUGGUAAAUUAAAAACAUUACAAGAAGCAAAUGAAGAGUCAUUACAAGCAUGUUGGGUAAAUAAUGUAAAUGAUCUGUCUCUCAGAUCACAUGAUAUUGUUUCCUUGAUAGAUAGAGGUAAAGCUUAUGUUAUGAAUAAGGAUAUUUUGCAACAUCCAAAUCUAUUGCCAGUUAGUAGACCAUUGCGCAAAUUAUUAUUGCGGCUUGUAAUCACCUCUAAAAAGAGAGCAACGAAUAAAUUACAUGUUCUUGUGUCAGACACAACACCAUUGUAUUUACCAAUUUGUGAGAUUAAUUCAAAUCGAAAUUUUCUUUCUACUCUGCAUAAUUAUAUGAAGGAACUAUUUGGAAGUGGAGUUGCACAGCAUAAGCCACAUGGUAUACUUUCCAUUGAGUUCAGUGGAGGACAAGAAGGAGAUGGACUUUGUUUAACAUUAUUAGUAUCAUUUAAGUUACCAGUAGAAGAUGUAUCUCCUAUUGGAAAAUUUCUUUGGUACGAAUUGCCCGAAAAUAUAGCUGCAAGUAUUACUUAUCGUUUACCACGAAACAUGACCGUGCCUUUAUAUGUUGUACGAUGA